AUGUCAAUUAGAUCAAUUACAAUGACUACAACCAAAAGAUUUUUAUCAACUAAACAUCAACAAAAUAAGCCAAAACACUUGGUAAAUAUUUCACAAUUUACAAAUGAAGAAUUUUCAAAUUUAAUUAAUAAAGCAUCAAAUUUAAAACAAAUAUAUAAAUCAAAUGAUUCAAGACUUACUAUAGAAAAUCAUCAAAAAUUAUUAGGUAAAUUAGUUGCAUUAUUAUUUUCAAAAAGAUCAACAAGAACAAGAAUUAGUACAGAAGGUGCUGCAUCAUUUUUUGGAGCUCAACCUAUGUUUUUAGGUAAAGAUGAUAUUCAAUUAGGUGUUAAUGAAUCUAUUUUAGAUACAACAAAAGUUAUAAGUUCAAUGACUUCAUGUAUUUUUGCAAGAGUUAAUAAAAAUCAAGAAAUAUUAGAUUUAUGUAAAUAUUCUUCUGUACCAAUUAUAAAUUCAUUAUGUGAUAAAUAUCAUCCUUUACAAGCUAUUGCUGAUUUAUUAACUAUAAAAGAAAAAUUUGGAAAUACAAAGGGUUUAAAAUUAACAUGGAUUGGUGAUGCAAAUAAUGUUAUAAAUGAUUUAGCUAUUGCAAGUUUAAAAAUGGGUAUAAAUGUUUCAGUAUGUAUCCCCAAAUCAAUUAAAUUUGAUCAAGAUGUUGAACAGGAUGCAAUAAGUAUAGCAAAAGAACAAAAUUUAAAUUUUGAAAUUUUAAAUGAUCCAAUAAAAGCUCUUGAAAAUUCAAAUAUAAUAGUAACAGAUACAUGGAUUUCAAUGGGUGAAGAAGAACAAAGAUUACAAAAAUUAAAACAAUUUGAAAAUUUUCAAAUUAAUUCUUCAUUAAUUAAUAAUGCAAAUAUUAAUUCAAAUUGGAUUUUUAUGCAUUGUUUACCAAGACAUCAAGAAGAAGUAAGUGAUGAUAUUUUUUAUAGUGAUAAUUCUGUGGUUUUUCAAGAAGCUGAAAAUAGAUUAUAUGCUGCUAUGGCGGUAAUUGAAGCAUUUGUUAUAAAUAAAGGAGAUUUAUUGAAAUAA